CUAAUCUUAACCUUGGUACACAGCAGCAAGCCUCACAACAAGUACGAAAAUGACGUCAGUACUGCCUGGGAGACAGGAAAGUAGAUAUUCCUUUGACAGCCAACCGAAAGUUUUAACACAACCUGACGGCGAUAUUGUGGACAACUUCACUAAUAUGGUGCUUUAUGAAAAUCGGCGUGGUAAUUUGAUGUUUGACAGACGUGUGAUAAGAGGAAACACUUAUGCAUUUCGUCCUGUUUUGAUCCAAGCACAGACUGGUUUGAAAGAGAGGAAGAAGAGGCCAAAACACCGCAGUGAUACUAUUACCCUGGAAAAAGACAAACUUCGCCUGCCAUCAGUACCACCGUUAGAGGGUCGCCUGCACCAACCAGUACAAACGGAAUUGUAUUUGGAGGAGCUCAGUGAUAUCACUGUGGAGGCUGAACUACAAUGUCAGACAGAUGCUUUCCUUGACCGACCUCCAUCACCGGAAUACGUACCAACCAAAAUCGGCACCGACGCCGAAACUCAGAUAUACGAGGGAGAGGUGAGCACUACUCAUGAGUAGCCAAUUUCAAAUACAUGUAUGAAAGAAUCCACUGAAUGCAAGCUAUACAUGUUUGCGAAAUAAAUCAACCUCAGAAGUUUUA